AUGGUCUACCAGCGGCUGAUUGAAGCUGAGCAUGCGCGUGCCGCGCGCGAGUUUGGUGCCUUCUACUCGUCUGUCCUUGGCGGCAUCGUGACCGAGCCGGGCCUCAUGGUGCUGCACAUAGACGACCACAUGGUGCACCGCGGACACGGCGUGUUUGAUGUCGUGGCGCUCUGUGGUGGGACGCUGUACCAGCUGGAGGAGCACAUUGCGCGGUUUACCGUGGCAGCGGAGGCAGCCGGGAUCCCACUGCCCAUGCCCACGUCCGACAUCAAGCGGGUGCUGCUCGAUACGGCGGCGGCCAGCAUGAAGCUCAACGGCCACGUGCAGUUUUGGGUCACCCCCGGCCGCGGCGGCCUGGGACUCUCCACCAGUGAAUGCACACAGCCCGCAUUGUAUGUGCUCUGCACGGCAGAGUUUGCUGAGAGCGACGAGUUCGUGCGCGUCGAUGGCUGGAAGGCGGCGGUAUCGCCCGUGGAGCCGCCCGCUGCGUACUUUGCCAUCCUGAAGAGCGCCAGCUACCUCCAGAACGUCCUGGUGCAGCUGGAGGCCGAGGGGCGCGGAUACGACGUGGGCCUGUAUGUUGACGAGGAGGACAACGUCCUGGGCGGCCCCACCGCAAACCUGGCCAUCAUCACGCAGGACUACAACUUUGUGUACGCACCCUUUGACCGCGCCCCCACUGGCAUCACCGUGAACACCUUGGCGGAGCUUAUACCGGAGGUGGAGCCGCUGGUGGGCUUGUCAUCAGGCUCACCGGCGCCCGCCUCUGUGUGCACGUGCUGCGUGAUAGCGUGA